CUGGUGGCACCAUUCUGGGCUGAUGUAGAUACUAGAGUAGCCGGAGAGGUAUUCUACCGCGAGACUUCGGAUCGAAGCCUUCUCAAGAGAGCAACUUCUGAUGUUACAACCAUUUAUGUGAGAUGCAAGUCGUUUAGAGCUGCGUGGUUGUUAAUUGCAACCUGGUAUGAAGUGGCUUUUUAUGGCGCCAGAGGGAAUUACACUAGCAAGGUAUUGUUAUUGAGAAAUCAACUACAGUAAUAAAUAUUAUAUGAAGAAUCGCAUAAUUGUGUAAAAUCUCCCAUUCUGAUUGGUUAACGAAGCGAGGUAUUUAGUGUGGAAUUGCGAGUUGAAAACGAGGCUAAGUGAUAUUGUUUCGCAUCUACAUACGUACUAACAACUAUCGUCAAAUUCUAACACAACAACUGCAAAAAAGGUUUUCUACAAUGUCAUUUUAAAAUGUUUUCAAAACCAUUGUCACCUUUUGAAGAGUUAAAAACAAACAAAAGCGUUUUUUAAAGUGAGCCGGAGGUUCUUCCUUGUUUUGAACUGAACUACAAAUUCUCGGAGAGGCAUAAAAAACCUCUUUCGCUCGCGACAGCGAGAAAACAAGAAAAUCCUGUGAACACGGGCCAGAAAAUGGCGAGCCAAAGUUCAACCAAACAAAACAGAGAAGCGACAACGGAGGAAGUGCCAGGGUCGAUUGGUCCCUGAAAACACGAAAAAGAGUACGUCGCUUGUAAUCGUCCUGAAUCGUGGUACUUAGAAAAGUCCAAAACAGAGCUGAACUUGAGUAGCAUUUCUAAACCAUUCCAAGGUACUUACCUUAUAUCAAUCGCGACGUUAAACUUUCAGUGCUUUCGCUUGGACACUUCAGUUCUUUCAGUUUUGCCGCCGAAGAGGUAAAAGGUGUAUAUUCCUUCGCUAACAAAUGACCAAUUUGAAAAAAGAUGUUAUAGAUAAACGGCUUGUAAAUUCAGUGAAAUACCUCUAUUUUCCCUUACGAUUAGUGUGAAGCUUGUUUACCAGUAAAAAAGUUUGAAAACAAAUGUAAAAACAAGCACAAGUACGAAAAAAGCUGUCGAAGGUUCAAACGUGGACGACUGACCUGCUUCCUAUUCGCUAACGCAAUAACAGUUCUGACAAUUGACUUUGAAAUGGCUUUCUGGAGCGCGCGCUCGGGAUAAAAACAAACAAUAUUAUUGCUGUUUUCUUUUUUUUCUGAUUUCUAUACAGUUAUGCGAUUCAAGGAAAAUCCAUUACCUGACUCGUGAAUUCCACGUUAAAUUGCACUUGAAAACCGAUAUCGCACUCAUUGCUUCGCGAUUCGUGCGAAUCGCCCCUUACAUUCGGUAAGAUAGAAUAUAACUAUGGUGUUUGUCUUUGCUAAUUUUAUCACAGAGCUUUAAAUUUCUGUCAGAUUGUUUCAAAAGAUCAUAAAUACUUAAUUUUUCUGAGUUGUAGCGUUUUCUGUGACAUCUCUUUAGAAAGCAAUCCGUAAUAACAAGGUCAGCCUUGCUAGCACCAUAAAUCGAGAGUCCAUAGGUCAAUUUAGAGAGCACAUAGCCCUCUCUGCUUAAUCCCCUUAUUACAAACAAGCAUUUGUUAGCCUCGCUUAAUCUAGCCUGUUCCAGGCUCUCAGAUAGUGGGGAAAGCGCGAAAGAGUGGGGAACACGCGAAAGUGUAGGGCGCGAAAAUAGGGGCUUCUCACGCGGGCCCGACUAUCUCGGAGCCUGGAAAGGCUACGCAUAAUUUGGCCUUAACAUGUUCGACAUUACGGACAGUUUGCUCUGUCCCUGGGAAAAAAAGCCCUUACAGGCUGUAUAUUUUCUCUAAAUAUAACCCUCUAAAUGAGGACACUGCGCUCACACGGACACUUUUUAUGGCACCCUCAGGGUCCGUAUUAACGGGGUUUGACUGUAUGUUCAUAGUAAGAGCGCUGCUAUUAACUUGCGUUAUUUUACCUUCUUCCUGGCUCCUACAUCCCAGAGAAACACGUUCCAAGCAGUACUUGUCACAAACGGUAGAAAUUCAUUUGUCAUCUUCAAUUAUGAUAAGCUAACAUGGACUACUGGUACGGCUAGCUCAGGAAACAGCGCAGGGCUUGGUGGCACACCUGCACAGGUAUGCCUCAAAAGUGAAUUUAUUUGA